CCAAUGGCUGUCAAGAGAGGACGGAGCCCGGUUGCUACGCUGCUUGCUGCCGGGGAAACCGGAGAGUGGAGGGUGUGCGAAAUUUAGCCGGUGUUCGUCAAACUCCCGCCAUUUAGACAAGGAAUUAACCUCUUCAAGUCAUCAUUUUCAAACAACAACAAACAUUAUUUCAUCAUAAAACUCAGAAGAAGCUGUCGAAGAAAGACCACCAACUCGUCUUCAACAGUCUAUUUGACGAGUGAAUUGUUCUUCGCGCCAGACCGCCUGCUGGACUGGGCUGUUGCCGCGAAUUUGACUUGGGCUUGGAUUGCAUCCUGACAGGUCAAUCGAGAAGAUAGAAGUUCGCCAUAUAUCUCGACACAAGUGCAACAACCUUUUGUGUAUAUGGGACAUCGCUUGGACCAGCUAUGGCGUCACCGCUAAUGCAGAGAAGAGGAAUUCGACGAGGAGUCUAGCAAGAAGGGACACUGUUUUGUUUUGCAACGCGAUAGCAAAUCCGGGCUACUAACUAGCCCGCUAGCCGCUUGACGCUGAAUUCCAGGCCUGCCUGUGAUAACGUGAUUCAUGCUAUCAGGCGCCGGGAUACAAGGGAAGGUCAUAUUAUUUUUCAUCGGAGUGCUAAGGUGGUUAUUUUAUUGUACGGCCGCCAUUUGAUUGACAAUGGCGCCGCUAUUGGGCCGGAAGCCUUACCCAUUAGCUAAGCCGUUAGCCGAGCCACUAGGCCCGGGAGAAGAGGUCUUCACUAUCGAGCACACUAAAGAGGCCUUCAGGAACAAAGAUGAGUAUGAGGCCCGCUUGAAGAGGUAUGAAGAGCGCAUCUGGACAUGCAAGAGCACUGGAAGCAUUCAGCUGACACACAAGGAAGCAUGGGAAGAGGAACAAGAAGUGACAGAGUUGCUUCAGGAGGAAUAUCCUCACUGGUUUGAGAAGCCUAUCCUGGAGAUGGUCCACCACAAUACAGUGUCUUUGGACAAACUGGUUGAAAUGGCCUGGGUAGAAAUCCUCACCAAGUAUGCUGUUGGUGAAGAGUGUGACUUUAUGGUGAGCCAAGACAAAAGUUUACGAGCGAAGGUGGUAAAAAUUCAUCCCCUUGAGCACUCUGAGGGAGAAGCUGGAGAGAAGAAGCUCGAAGGUGCCUGUGAUUCGCCAUCUAGUGACAAAGAGAACACCAGUCAAGAGAACCAGACGAAGGAACCUGCCCUUAGAGAGGAGGAAAACAGGAGAGAAUGUCUCAGUGAUAGAGCACGGCGUUCACCAAGAAAACUUCCCACUGCCAUAAAGGAAGAAAAGAAGAGGUCACCAAUUCCCAAGUUCCUUCCUCAUAAGUAUGACGUCAAGCUCGUCAAUGAAGACAAGGUGGUCAGUGAUGUGCCAGCAGAGAGUCUUUUCAGAACAGAGCGUCCUCCAACAAAAGAGAUCAUCCGCUACUUCAUCCGACACUAUGCACAGAGGUUGGGUAUGGGGGAGAGUGCACCCUGGGUGGUUGAAGAUGACCUGGUGAAGAAGUUUAAUCUGCCCAGUAAAUUCAGUGACUUUCUUCUUGAUCCCUACAAGUUUCUAGCUGGGAAUCCUUCCGCCAAACGCAAAAGCUUGACCUCUGCUGAUGGUAAAGCUAGAAAGAAGCAGAAGACUGCUGGCACAGGAGAGGACUCGGGGAAUGAAAAGGGGGAGAAGAAAAAUAAAAGCAAGAAAGAUGCUAUCGGGAAGCCUCUUAGUCCCACCAUCUGGGGUCACGUGCAGAAAAUAAAAAUGAAUGGUUCGCCAUUAAAUGUAAAGAACUCUGCAACACCCAAGAAGGGAGACGCUAAAAACUCAGGUAUUUGCAGUCCAAAAUCUUUUAAAAAAUCUAGAGACAAGAAAGAUGGAAACAGAACUGGAAAAGGUGGUAAUAAAAAUAUUCUUAAAGCUUCUAGAAAAGAUGCAAAAGCAAGUCCCAAGACAUCAAAAAUGAAGCAGAUGACCCUGCUGCAUCUUGCUAAGAGCCCUGCUGCAGGCAGCCCCAAAAAAAGAGCCCGGAGUAGUAGUAGCUCAGGCACUCCUAAAUUGGGGAAGCCAUUACAUCCAAUGGCUCUCCACCUUCUUCGUUACUACAAGGAAAACAAGGGUAAAGAGGACAAAAAGAGUGUUUUGUCGUCCCUCAUCUCAAAGGCUGCAAAGGCCUUGUCACCAGACGAUCGUGGCAGAUUACCUGAUGAGUUGAAAGAGCUGGUGGAAAAACGCUGGGAGAGACUGGAGCAAAAGAAACGCUGGGAAGCCAUGAGUGAAGAGGAACGAAAAGAAGAAAUGAAGAGGAGGCGUAAUGAUCUCAAAGAGAAACUUCGGGAAAAGGCCAAGGAGCGUCGCGAGAAGGAGAUGCAAAUCCGUCUUGAGCAGUCACGCAGAUUCGAGGACCAGGAGAUAAAAGGUGGCAAGACCCUGCCGACAUUUAAACUUGUUGACAUGCCCGAGGGGCUGCCCAACACCCUAUUUGGGGAUGUCGCGAUGGUUGUGGAGUUCCUUCACUGUUAUGCUGGCCUCCUAAUGCCAGAUGACAAGUAUCCCAUCACAUCCAUGGCUUUGAUGGAAUCGUUGGCCGGAGUACGCUCAGGUUACCACUACCUUAACCGUGUUUUGGUGGUGCUGCUUCAGACACUCCUUCAAGAUGAGCUUGCAGAAGGGUACAGUGAACUUGAUAUCCCCUUAUCUGAGAUCCCCCUUACCUCCCACUCUGUGUCAGAGCUUGCGAGACUGUGUUUGCGUCCUUUUGACGCUCAAGGUGAGGAGAGUGGCCAAGGGUCUGUGGACCUGGGCAUGAAUGGCUUUGAUGACGUUGUGACCAGCGAAUUCCUGGAGAAGCUUGAAACUGUAGAGGUGUUUGAGCUUGACCCUGAAGAAAAGGUUAGCCUGCUUGUUGCACUGUGUCACCGCAUCCUUAUGACAUACUCUGUGGAAGACCACGUCGAUGGCAUGCAGCAACGGACCGCUGAACUGUGGAAGGAGCGCAUAGCAAUGCUUAAAGAGGUCAAUCGCAAGAAGGCUGAGAAGAAGAAGCAAAAAGAGACUGAGGGCAAAGAUGAUAAGAAAAAAAAGGAUGACCCAAAAAAGGAGAUCAAGAAAGAAAUCAAGAUAGAGCUGGUGGACAUGAUCAGCUCAGUCAAGAGCAGGCAGCUGAUGAGCAUACAAGCCAAGAGAGAAAGAGAAGAAAUGGACAAACAGAACAAAGAACGCAUGGAGGUGGCCGCUGAAGAAGAGCGAAUGCGUAGGCAGAGAGCUACUGCGGAAAAGAAUUUUCAGGAGGGUAUAACAAAAGCCAAACUAGUCUUACGAAGAACUCCAUUGGGAACAGACAGGAAUCAUAACAGAUACUGGUUUUUCUCUGAUGUUAUACCUGGACUGUACAUUGAAAAGGGCUGGGUACAUGAUAGUAUCGACUACAGUUACACUCCAAAUGUAGAAAAAACAACUGAGCCUGAUGUGGACGAUGAAGACGAUGGUGCUGAUGAUGAUGGGAGUAUUGAUGAUAUGAAUAAUGAUGAACCUCAGUCAGGAGCAGUAACAGAUGUUUGUAUAGAAACGACAACUCCUAAACAGGGACAAAAUCUCUGGUUCAUAUGCGACAGUCCUGCUGAACUAGAAGUACUGGUGGACAGUCUUCACCCUCAUGGAGUUAGAGAAAGUGAACUUAAGGCAAAGAUAGAGAGCAGUUACCAGGACAUCAUACACUCCAUUAAUUUGAUCCGAAAGGACAAAGUGGUCCCCAGAGUCUCUGAUGUGGACAAGGAGCUGCUAAAAUAUUUACGCACUGAUAUUCAGGAAAUAGCGUCACGCCUCUUGAAGGGUGGCCUGGGCUACUUUGAUGAAGACAAGGACAUUGAAGAGGAGCUGGAAGAAAUGAGCAACUUGAAAGAAUUAGGAGAGUCCAUCAUCAACAUUCAGGCAUGUGUGAUCAAGAAGUUCUUACAAGGCUUCAUGGCCCCCAAGCAGAAAAUGAAGAAAAAGCAAGUUGGAGAAGAAAACAAAGCAGAAGAGGUGGAUGAGGAAAAGAAACUGGUUGAAGAGGCCAAGGUUGCAACAGCAAUCGAGAAGUGGAAGACUGCUAUCCGUGAGGCCCAGACCUUCUCUCGCAUGCACGUGCUGCUGGGAAUGUUAGAAGCCUGCAUCAAGUGGGACAUGUCUGCAGAAAAUGCCCGUUGUAAAGUUUGUCGGAAAAAAGGUGAUGACGAGAAACUUAUCCUCUGUGACGAAUGCAACAAGGCCUUCCAUCUUUUCUGCUUGAGACCAGUGCUGCACCGCAUCCCUGAAGGCGAGUGGUCGUGCACAGCCUGUCAGCCCACAGUGGCAAGACGGGGAACACGGUCGAGGAACUACAAACAAGACAGCGAUGAAGAGGAAGAUGAGGAUGAGUCCGAAGAAGACGACUCUGAUGAGGAGGAAGAUGAUGAGUCUGAAUACAAGGCUUUGGGCCACAGUUUGAGGCCACGAAAGAAAAGCAAGCAGGCAUUGCCAGUACAGAAAAUUAAACCCAAAAAGAAGUCUUCUGCUAGUCAGAAUAGCAAACAGAGAACUGGCCUCAGCAGCCCUGCAGACAUUGAUGAGCUGGUGCGUCAGAGCUCCCAGUCAGGAGUGCGCAGACAAGCAUUGGAGCUGGAAAAGUGUGAGGAAAUACUUAAAAAAUUGAUUAAGUUCCGAUACAGCUGGCCUUUCAGGGAACCUGUUUCCACAGAGGAGGCAGAGGACUAUCUGGAUGUCAUUUCGCACCCUAUGGAUUUCCAGACCAUGCAGGGCAAGUUCAGCCAAGGCUUGUAUCGCCACGGCCAAGACUUCAUAGAGGACAUGAAGUUGAUCUUCACUAAUGCAGAGGAGUACAAUAAGGAGGGGAGUACCGUGCUUUCUUGCAUGACCAAGACGGAGCAGGCCUUUACAGAGCUGCUCCAGAAGCUGAUACCCAGCCUCAGCUACAUCCGGCGACACGUGCGCAAGCGCGUCAUUCGGGCAUCAUCCGGCGAGGAAGAAGACGAUGAGGAGGAAGAGGAGGAACAGUCACCGCCGCAAAAAAGAGUUCAGACCAGCCAGUCGAACUUAAAGAAAAGCAGAAAUAGACGCAGCGUGCAGGAUGAGGAGAGUGAGGAGGAAGAUGAGGAUGACGCCAAAAGAAGAAGUAAGAGGACUGCUUCCAAAGAGGCCGGGAAGGAUUGCAGGGAGCAGGAUGGUGACGGUGAGCGGGACACUCGUAGAACUCUGCAGCGCCGUGGCCCCACAGUAGAGGAAGGAGUGAGCAGCGAGGAUGAAAGGCCGACCCGCCAACGACAUUCCAAGAGACAGAAACGCCUGUGAAGCUCACGUAGCUUUUCGUUUCGUUGUCCUACUUCUUUUUGUAGUUCUUGCCCAAAUGACUCUUUUCCAAAAGCCAGCAGGGAAAAAAAACCUAACAAUGACUCUUGUCAUAUUGAAUUUUUGUUCAUAUUUUUCAAAAAGGAUUUAUAUUUGUAAUAUGUAAGUAUAAACCGGUGUGUUUUAUUUUGCCCCUCUCCUUUAAAAAAAAAUGUCAUUUCAGAGAAGUCCUUGAAGCUUUUUGACAUGUUCCCCUUAAAUACUGCUUGGUUGAAAUCAGCCUGACUUGAUUGAUACAUGGAUGAUACAUUUUUGGACUUUGUCAGUUUCUGUUUAAAAUCUUAGACUCUCAGCAUUACUUUUCGUUCCUAGGAAAAAAAAUAGUGUAACGGGUUGGUGUUCAUGUAGCGAAGAUCUAUGCACACCAAAGGUGAACUCUGUGAGCAUUGUAUCAUAUGAUAUAUGGCAAAGUUCUGAUCAUCAUUUCUGCAGGGGAUCUCAGUAAAUAGUGAGUUUUGUACAGUAAACCCCCCCCAACCCCACUGGCCAGAUGAGGUGUUGUACUUUACUUCUCUAAUGUGAGCUUGGAACCAGAGAGCUGACUCAAUGUGUCAUCAUUUUAAACUUGUGUAUUGUAGUGGCCUGCCUCUUAAAACAAUGCGGUACCGCAAGGUUCUGUCAAGUGCACCACUUUGUGUAAAACGUACAAGCCAGCAACUGCAGGACCACUUUGCUGAAGUAAUGUGCAUAAACAUUUGUAAAACAACAAAUGAUUUUUCUUUUUAUCAAUGUGUAUUUUUUGAAGAGUUGAUAUUUUUUGCACAUUUUAUUUUCGUUUUGUAAGUCCUGUCUGCGUAAAUAUUGUAUUUCUGCAGAGAUGUUUGAGUACUUUUUGUAUUUUACGUACCUGUCCUGGCCGAAUUCGUCACGUGCAGUUAUUAUGGAUCACCUCAGCAACAAUUUACAAUCAAAAAGCAGCUCCUUAGUGAAUUUCUUCAUUGAGUCACAAGGUGGCGCUCUUCUUUUUUCUAUCAGAUAAAAUUAGUUUUAAGUAUCUGCUGAUACUUUUGUAGCCGCAUUUUAGUCUAAACAUCUUAGAGGGAAGGAAAAAUGUUUUGUCACAUUACUUUUGAUUAUUCUGUGCAGGUUUUUUUGGUCACAUAACCCGCCGAGACGUUGGUCUUUCUUGUGUCCAUCCUGUCAUGUAUUUUCUUGGUAGCUUUCUUUUUUCAUGCCUUAAUGUUUGGGUUUUAGUCUCAAUAUUUGCUCCACUUUCACAACCAGUGAGUGCAAUUUGACUGCCCUUCUCCAAGAUGGGACCUAUUGUCUUUAGCACACACACCUUUUUUUGUUUGUUUCAUUUAAUGUACAUUUAUGGUAUAGGAAGGUUUCAGGAGAAAUGGCGUGUAAAGAGUUUCCAAUAAAGGCUAUGAGCAAGACUAGGGUUGUCUUUUCUAUUUGUCCCAUUAUGCCAACGUGUUAAGUAUUUAUAGGGCAUUAGACGUCCAAUCGCCUGUGGUCAUUCGUUGCUAGUCUCUCCCACAUACACAAACAUCAAUGUGUUUUGUGGGACCAUAACCAUUAUACAGUACGUCUGAUUUUAUUUAAUUUUGUUUUUAUAAACACGUUUUUAAUUUAUAAUUUCAUUUAUAAAAAAGGAAUACAAAUUAUUGAUAAAUAC